AUGCGCACCUUCAAAUCUUCAGAGAGCUUUGCAAAUCACAAAAUCCAAAGAAAUAGCUUGUCAUUCAGAAGUACUCUAGAUACAAGACAAUUCCAAAGUUCUGCCGAUGGUCAAACUGAUACAAACCGACGGCAAAACCAGGGCCGACCAAAUAAUUCACAAGGGAAUAGACGGAAAGGCGGUCAUAAUAGACACCUGAGUCCAAAUGGUAUUCUAAACGCCAAGAUUACGCAACAAAAGAACGCUGCCGAAGUGUUAAAUCUCUUGGCGUCGACCAAAGGCGCGCUGACGAAUGUAGGUGGCGGCAGCAAGCUCAAUUCCAUCAACUUUUCCACUUCGAUGCAUCGCAUCGGUCGCAACGUGGCUUGGGCCUGGCAAAAUCCUGAAGGAAACGAUCGAUCCAAGAUCUUGUCCGAUCCGAGGUUUGCUUUGCUCAUGGCAUCUGCAGGAGAGGCCAUGGGUGGAGCUGAUGUCGUAGAUGAUUGCGGGAGGCCUUUGCGAUUUGGGAAUCGAGAAGUAUCAAACAUGGCUUGGGCAAUCGCCAAGCUGAAGAUAGCUCCACCAAGCUCUGCUCAACCAGUCGAUGCUACCGAGGUGUCAGCAGAACUCAUGUACGCCAAGGCGGAAGAAGUUAGAAAACUGGUUUACGAGACUGCCAAACGGCGAAAAGAGGGGGACCCGAAUGCUCAGAAUGGUGCUUGGAUUCCGGCCCUAUCCCAGCUGUGCGGCUAUAUUUUGGAUCACAUAUCCUAUCGUGCCAGAACGAUAAAUUCCAAUAGAUUUCAGCUCCAGGAAUAUGCGAACCUCUUGUGGGCCAUGGCAACGACAAAGAGGUGUUGCCCUGAAACCUUUGCUUUUGUGAUAUCCGCAUUAUUGCGGGCGGUUGAUGUAGAAGAUUCGGCAGGCUUGAGACCACAAGAAUGGUCCAACUCCAUGUGGGCGCUUGCAACUUCUGGAUGUAUGGGUCCAGAAGAGGAAUUCAUUCCAUUCGUUGCCAAGCUGAUGGAUGACAACCCAGAAUUUGUAGAUGCUUUCAAGCCCCAAGAGCUAGCAAAUCUUGUAUGGGGAGUUGCGACGAUACUGAGCAAGCGGCCGGGAAAAGCGGAUGGUCCUGAAGGCGUGGCUGCUCUCCGGGUCGUCCGGCAAUGCGCCAUGCAACUCAUCAAACGAAAUGGGGCGAAUUAUAAGACGCAAGAACUUACAAAUACAAUUUGGAGUUUUGCUACGAUAGGCUUUGGUCUGAAGGGUGGUACCACUUCUGAUGCUGGAAAUGACUAUACUUUUCUUCCAAGUGAUGACCUCGAGGGAGACAUGCUGCUGAUGGAAGACACGGUGAAAGUUGCUAUCAGAUCAGCCAAACAAGUAAUUCAUCGAUUUCGGAGUCAAGAGUUGAACAACUUGUCAUGGGCGUUGGCCAGGCUUGGACAGAAAGACGACGAGAUCUUAACAAUGAUUGGAAAUCAGCUUGCGGAUCCAAAGCGUAAAGUCACGCCUCAAGAUAUCGGGACGACUCUUUGGGGAUUUGCGUCUCUGGAAUUUCUUGAUGAGUCCGUUUACAGAGGGAUUGCCAAAAAAGUGAAUGGGAGGCGAGCUUCGAAAACGAAGCCUCAAGAAUUGACUAACGUUCUCUGGGCACUGGCGACUGCAGGUAUGGUUCCGAAAUAUGCCGAGUCCUUUGACACGCUGCUGCAAAAGUCUGCACGAACCCCACCGCACGAGGCGUCAAGGGAUCCAAUCACCAAUGUUGUAGCGAUCGCCACACAGGAACUCAUGAGACGCCCUCAAGAUUUCAAGCCGCAAGAAAUUAAAGAUUCGUUGUGGAGUCUAUCCAGGCUUGGAGUCAGAUACCCUCCACUUUUCAAGGCAAUUGCGGUGCACCUUGUAGGUCCUGCUGAUGACGCAAGGAUCACUGGUCGUGGUUUGGAAGGAUUUUCGCCUCAGGCUAUCGGCAACCUUGCCUGGGCAUAUGCUCGACAGGCUCAACUAGCAUCGGAUUUGUCGUUUAGUCGAAAGGACGACUUGUUGAUCGCUCCGAUGACAGGACGGUUGGCUCAUUACAGCGCAAGUUUCGUUGAUGUUGGAGAGAGCCUAAUGCAAAAAUUGUUCUAUGCGAUUGCGGAAGCCGAUUUGAACGUUCACGACAAUCUUUCUCGAUUAUCCCCACAAGACCUUUCAAAUACGGCUUGGGCCUUUGCAAUUAUGGGAAUGAGACAUGAACGAUUCCUAAGUGCCCUGGCUUCGCAGUUGGACUCUCGUCUUCGUCGAUACAUGAAGGGUGAAAAAAGAGGGUCCAAUUUCACUGGUCAAGAGAUAGCAAACAGCCUCUGGGCAAUGGCAACUCUGAACUAUUGCUGUUCGGAAUCGCUCGACUCUCUGCAAGAUUAUGUCACACAUGAACUAAAGGGAAAAGAAUUGUCAGUCAAAACGAUGUCGCAGCUCUUCAAGCGCCAAGAACUUGCUAAUAUUGCUUGGGUUUGCGCCGUCUCCGAUAAGUAUCCUCAAAAGCUGAUCGAGUUGUUGUACUUGGGAUUGUUGGGAGCAGGCGAAAACUCAGAUCCGACCUAUGUCAAGAGUAUCUACAAGGACGGGGAUAUGGACCCGAGUGUUGUCAUGUCAUUGCUUUACCUCCAAACCAAUAUGGCAUUGCAAAAUCCGAAUCAUUCCUUUGUUCUUCCUCCGAAUUUCCCCGAGGGUUGGUUAACGAGUGACGUGUUUGGUAAACAUAAGGGUAUUGUCUCAAGCCCUCUGGGAGUCGAAGAUUCAUAUGAAUUGGAAUUAGUUUCCAGCAAGUUUCAGAUGCAGAUUGCUCAAGUUUUUGAUCAGAUAGGCUUUGAUCAUGUCCAAGAACUCACGAUUGAUGCGGCUACCAUGGAAAAGGAAUAUGGUGUCUUUGUCACGUCGAUGGACGCGGAAAUGAUAAGCUUGGAUUUGGCUCAGGUCGAUACCAAGAUUGGCAUUGAAGUCGACGGCCCUGGACAUUUUCUUACCAAAAUUGAUAAUGGACCCACGAAAGCCGCAGUGGCAGGACAUGAGUCCUCCGUUGUUUUCUACAAGGGACGGUAUCAAUGCACUUUUGAUUGGAAUUAUGGAGAUCAAGAUAUAAAUGGUGCUUCUGCCAUGAAGGAAAGAAUGCUAAAAAAGCUAGGCUGGAAAUUAGUCAACAUUCCCUUUUGGGAAUGGUAUGCAGCGAGAGGAGACCCCGAGAAGGAGGAAGCAUACUGUCGGUCCAAGCUAGCCGAUGCCGGUAUAGUCCCUUAA